AGUGUUUAUUUGUCUAUGGAUUUCUGUGGGCGAUACCACAGAAACAUUAAGAUUGUGUUCUGUGAUGUUGUCUGUUUCUAUUAUCUAUGUUCUGUGUCCACAGUAAAUUUUCUAAUUUUCAAACAUUAUCAAUUUGCAGGCAAAGACCGAUUGUAUUGCUUAUUUGGCAGUUUUUCAUUUUGUCAUUUAAAACUCAGAAUGAAUUUCCAUAAAGUUGAAGUUAACAAGACAGUUUGGGAAGUUCCAGAACGUUAUCAGAAACUAUCAGCUGUAGGUUCUGGCGCUUAUGGACAAGUUUGUUCUGCUCUGGAUACUCAAACUGGUAAAAAGGUAGCAAUAAAAAAACUAGCACGACCUUUUCAAUCUGCUGUACAUGCCAAAAGAACUUACAGAGAACUAAAACUAUUAAAACACAUGAGACAUGAAAAUGUUAUUGGCUUGUUGGACGUUUUUUACCCAAAACAUGACAAUAGUCAGAUUUAUCUUGUUACACAUUUGAUGGGUGCUGAUUUGAAUAAUAUUAUAAGAACACAAAAACUAACAGAUGACCAUGUCCAAUUUCUGGUAUAUCAGAUAUUAAGAGGUUUGAAAUAUAUUCACUCAGCAGGAAUUAUACAUAGGGACUUGAAACCUUCUAAUAUUGCAGUGAAUGAAGAUUGUGAAUUGAAAAUUUUAGAUUUUGGCUUAGCAAGACCAACAGAAACUGAAAUGACUGGUUAUGUGGCUACCAGGUGGUAUAGAGCUCCAGAAAUUAUGUUGAACUGGAUGCAUUAUAAUCAAACUGUAGAUAUAUGGUCUGUAGGAUGUAUUAUGGCAGAACUACUGACUGGUCGAACAUUGUUUCCAGGUUCUGAUCAUAUUCACCAGCUGAAUUUGAUAAUGGAGAUUUUAGGAACUCCUAGUAAAGAGUUCAUGGAUAAAAUUACUUCUGAAAGUGCAAAAGUUUAUAUAAAAUCCCUGCCACCUUUAGAGAAGAAAGACUUGCACCAAUAUUUUAUUGGCGCUAAUCCUAAGGCUGUAGAUUUGUUGAGUUUAAUGCUUGAAUUAGACAGUGAUAAAAGAAUAACAGCAGAGCAAGCACUUGCACAUCCUUAUCUUACAUCAUAUGCAGAUCCAAAUGAUGAACCAACAUCAGCACCUUAUGAUCAAAGUAUUGAAGAUUUAACUCUUCCUGUUGAAAAAUGGAGAGAAUUGGUUUUAGGAGAAGUACAUUCGUUUGUUUAUGUUCCCCCACAGAAUGAGGAUAACUAAUGAUAACUACUCCUUUUGUUAUACUAAUGAAUUUAGUAUUUAUGAUUGUAUGGACUGUUGAAUCCAUAUGAAUAUUUAUAGAUUAUUUCUAAAUAAAGUUCUGAAAUAUGUACAAAA